AUGUUAUCGAGAAAAGAUGAUCAAACUAAUAAAAAAUCAGCUUUUUCUGCAAGAGAAAAACGAAAUAUUAUAAUUUAUAUAGUUGGUAUUAUUAUUUACAAAUUUGGCUUAGAAGCAUUUAAUGGAUCUAUAAUGACUCUUGCUACAAAUCGUUAUGAUCAAGAUGCUUUAAAAGGACGAACAGCUCCACAUACAUUUGAACGAGUUGGAUUACUUUUUGGUUUAAAUCAAGCAUCACAAUGUUUUGGUUCUUUACUCAUUUCUCCUCUUAUUAAACAUUGGCCUUCUCGAACCAUUUUAUCAAUAGCAAUAUUUAUUUUUGCAUUAUUUACUGCCAUGUUAAUUAUUCUUGAUGUUGCUACUGGUGGAUAUAUAAAACCAAAAAAUUUUAAUUCAACAAAUAAAAAUGAUUUUAGUUAUUAUGGUCAUUAUAAAGCUGAUUGGAUAAUAGUUAUUUUUACUACAUCUGGCAUUGCUUAUGGAACAGUCGAAUCGACUCAUCGAGUUAUUCCAAGAGAUUUAGUUGGUCACGAUAUUCAAAAACUACAAAGGUUUGAUGCAUUAGUUCAUAUUUUUUAUGCUACAUCUGGUGCUAUUGGCGCAUUUGUUACUGGUCUUAUCUUAAUUCCAAAUCUUGGAAAUAAUCAAUCUUUUAUAAUAACACCAAUAUUAUUUACUGCAGCAGGAAUGAUAUGGCUAUUCAUGAGUUCUUCUAAGACGAAAAAGAGCAAACAAAAAGAUCAAGUUAUUGGAAAUAGUAAAAAAUUCAAAUCAAAUUAUUUAAAAAUAAUUAUUAGAAAAUUAAUCGCUUUUGGACAAUCUUUUUAUAUUGGUGGAAAAAUUAUUUUUACAAGUCGAAAAUAUAUUUGGUUAUUUAGUUGUUAUUCACUGACGCUUUAUGCUCAUCGAUAUCUUGAAGAUGGUAUUGCUCCACAAGUUGCUAGACGAUAUUUAGACAAUGCUACUUGGUCAGAAAUUAUUGUUGGUGGAUCAAAUUUUGGAGAAUUAUUAGGUGCUUUUCUCAUAUUAUUUUUAUCUAAUUCAAUUCGAAAUCCAAUACCUUGGCUACGAUUAAGUACAUUAGCAUUGAUUAUCAUUUGGUAUAUUCCAUAUUAUUAUCCUCCCAUGAAUAAUAUCAAAUAUGCUUGGAUUAUUGCUAUAACAUUUAUGCCAAUAUCAUUUGGAUGGUCUGCUAGUGAUAUAACACUUGCCGCUCAUAUACAAUCGACUAUGACACGUCUUGAACCGAUGUACGAAGAUAUUUCAGUUUUAGGAGCUGUUAUGUCAUUUCUAUAUUCAUCUUAUAUUAUUAUUUAUUCUUUUGCAAAUCCAUUUCUUGGAAAAUAUAUUGAUAGUAUUUAUAAGUCUCACGGAACUAUAAGACCAGCGUUAAUUUAUACUGUUGGUGUUCAAUUUACUUUAAUCAUGCUUAUUGUUGUAGCAUCUACUUUUAUUCCAUCAGGUACUUUUUUAUGGAAUCCUAAAAUAGAUGAUCAAGAAGAAGAUUUAUCGGAAGACGAUGAAAAUUCAGAUGCAUUAAUCGAUAAUAAUCAUCCCUCCAUAAAAUCUAUCAAAGGUUGA